AUGGACGAUGGGCCGUCUAUAGAGGUCCAGAAAACGGCGGCGACGGCAGGAGAUUUUUGGGAACUCCACAAGCAGUUGGCCAAUUGCUAUGUGGCCGACAUUUCACGACUCAAAGGUGACCGAGUUCCCGAGAAAGCCAGCGACAAAGCCAGUGAGCCGCUACCGGUGCAAAGGGAACGUUCCAUGACUUCUAUCCCGUCUAUACAGUCUGUAGCACCCAGGAGCCCCCGCCCCACCGAAGCGGCGACCGCUGUGGGAGGUGGCUUGGCGCCGCCCAAACGCCGCGAGUCGCGUAAAGAGACCAUCCGAGAUAGGAGAGACAAAUCUCUCCAGACACUGCGCAGUCUGCAAGGUUUGCCCCGCGACCCUGAAGCCUCCAUUACGGCCAUGGAGCUAACUCCUUACCAGUGCUGGGCGGAUUCUCAUACAAAUACAAAGGCUGUGCCAAAAUGGACGCGAGGAAGGACCAAGGAGUUAUCGAUCACUCCAAGGUCCACCAAACAGCCGGCCAUCAGUCACGAAACGGAGGAGCUCCCCGAGAGGAGCUAUGUGUUGCAUCCCGGGGGCAGCUUCCGAACGGGCUGGAACUUGUCCAUGGCCGCCUGUGUCCUCUAUGACUUGCUGGUGAUCCCGCUGAACGCCUAUGACGUCCCGCAGAGUGUGGUGCUCGAGAUGUUCGAUUGGUUCAUUCAGAUCUUCUGGAACUGUGAUCUGAUGAUUUCCUUUCUGACGGGCUACUACGAUGCAGGGACCCUGGUGACCUCGCUGCCGAAGAUCGCCGUGCACUAUGCGAAGACCUGGCUGCUGUUUGACGUGAGCCUGUUGUCCAUGGAUUGGGCCUUCCGCUUUAUGGAAUGGUCCAAUGACGGCGGCUUGGAGGCCAUCAUGUGGUCCCGCAGUCUACGGAUGCUGCGCUUCCUGCGGCUGAUGCGGAUGCUGCGGAUGGUCAAGUUGCGACGGAUCAACGAAGUCUUCCAGGAAUUCUUCCAAUCGCAGGCUGCUACGCUCUACUAUAGUCUUUUCAGCAGCCUCAUCCACCUUUGCAUCCUGAAUCAUCUGAUCGCUUGCGCCUGGUUCGCUGUCAGCCACAUGAAUUCGGCGAACUGGGUCACCCAGCUUGGGAUCGAGAACAGCAGCAUGGAAUAUCAAUACCUGACGUGCCUCAACUGGGCCUUCGCACAACUCGGAGUGGGAUCUUCACCAGCCUUGGCGACCAAUGUACCAGAAAUGGCCUAUUGUAUCGUCAUUGCUUUCCGCUCAUUGAUCACCUCAUCAACCCUCAUCAGCACGGUCAGCAAUCUCAUGGCUGGGCUCAGCAAGAUCAAGGAAGAUGAAAACACCGAGUUCCGCUUGUUGCGCGCCUACAUGACGCAGAAUAAGAUCCCGGCUGAGCUCGGGCAAAAAAUCACGCAGUUCCUGCAGUACCAAUACACCUUGCGACAGGAAGCCAGGUCAGCGGACAUGGAUGUGCCUUUGUUGGAGAUGUUAUCUCCACAAUUGCAGGGGGAGCUGCAGUUUGCGCGCUUUCAGACAGACCUCUGCAAACUGCAGGUUGUAGCCGAGUUGCUGGAAACUGCGGACCGGCAGGUGAUUCACGUCUUGCACCGCGUUUCUCAAGAUGCCGUGAAGAAUUACAUCGUGGCCGCGGCGGAUGUCAUUUUCCUGGCUGGCAAUCCUGCCAAUUUCGCAUUCCUGAAACUGAGUGGCGCCUUGAGUUACUGCAACGAGGAAACUGACACCAUCGGGGAUGACAUGGUGGUGGGCGACUCCUGGGUGGCUGAGGUAGUGCUCUGGACGCCCUGGCACUACCUGGGUGAUUUGGUCUCUACGGACGUGAGCCGCGUGGCGUCCUUGGACGCCAGCGCCUUUUGCAAUGCUUUGACGAUGUCCUGGCACACCCAACGAGUUGCCAGCAGAUAUGCAGCGAUGUUCUUGGAGAAGAUGAAUUUCAACCUCGACAACUGGACUGACACCUUCGUUCUGCCAAGGGAGGAGGCAAAUCAAGGGGGUCGGAGCCGCCAGCUGUCAGAGCAGCAGCGCAGCUGGUCCCACUUCUGUCCGUGCUGGCGAAACGCCAGCAAAGUGCAGGCUGAUGAGCUUUCAUUUGUCGGACCUGUUGGACCAAGGCGUGGAAACGAUGGAAACGAUGGGUUCUGCGGCCUCAAGAUCUUCCCCAAAAUUGGGGCUGAAGACCCUGGUGAAGGUUUGGGCAACUGGGCAUUGUUGGCCUUCAGUUGCCGGCAACGUCCAGCAAAAAAGGGACGCUUCAGCAGAGAAAAGGACGGAUGCUGUGCUCGGACGGUGCUUGCUGAUGUCGCAGUGGGACAGUCGGCGUGCUCAGAUGUGGGGAUGGUCUCUUUGAUGCCGCCGGGCUCCCGGAUCGAAGAGGCUUUGGAACCGGUGAUGAAACUGGAUCGCAGAGGUACUGUAGUUCGUCCGAAUCUCGAAUCCAGGAGCCAGAACUCAGCCAGACAAGACUAUGAAGGCUUCUCACUCAUCAAGUACAUCUACGCGCGAAUUGCGGCGCCAGAUGCAAAUAAGGACGCGAAACUGGUGGACUUUCUGAAGCACACUGUGCAGUAUUUGGAUCGGAAGCGCCUCAACGAACGAGAGGACUCUCGGGUGCGGCGGCUCAGUGAUGUGGGGGCCGAUCUCGAAUUGAAGUGCAACCUGGGCAACACGGCUCUGCACAUGGCCGCACGUGCAGGUCACACCUCAGUGGUGCGCGCACUUCUGGUGCACAGAGCAGCGUUGGAGUCCAAGAAUGCCGAGGGCUGGACGCCGCUGAUCUGGGGCUCCAUGAACGGGCACGAGGAGGUUGUGGCCGCGCUGCUGAAUGCCAAGAGUCAGGUGCAAGCGAUAGAUGCACAGGGACUCUCGGCCCUGAUGUGGGCAACACGCCAUGGUCAUGUGAGUGUGAUGAAAUCCAUCCUGGCGACCGGGCCAGACUUGAGUUUGAGGGACUUUGCAGGUCAUACGGUGAUGCACCAUGCGCGGCAACACCGGGCUGCGCGGAAGAUGCUACAGCAGUUCGAGGAGCUGAACCGACAACUGCUGAACUCGGCCAAGUCUGGGGACAUUGGGCAAGCCUCUAUGGCACUGCAGGCCGGCGCUUACGUGGAUGCCCUAGACCACCAGGGCAGCAGCCCGCUGCUGUUGGCUGCCUCGCAACGAGACUUUACCAUGGCGCGGAACGGGGGGGGCCGGGCUCGGGCUUUCUACAGCAUCCAGCGGGUGAAGUUGUUGACACGUCACGGGGCUGAUCUCAGCUUGGAGGCCUCUCGAACCAACUCGCCUUGGAUGCGAAACAUUGAGUAUCGCACCAACAUCCAGGAGGUGCUGAGGGACGCGGUGAAGGCGAAUCGCCUUUUGGUGUCCUCUGCGAAGGAUGGCUAUUGGAAGGGCGUCUUCCAGUCGCAGCGCACGGCCCUGGCCUGGGCUUCGGGCCACGGCAAUGCGCACGCGGUGCGGGAGCUGUUGCAGGCCGGCGCCUCGGUGGACCUGCGCGACACCUGUGCUUUCGGGGAGCACACUGCUUGCUUUCCAGAUGACAUCAUACAGCAGGUGCUGCCAUGCUUCAACUUUCAGGCUGAGGAUAACAUCAAUAAAUAUUACAUCGACACUCUGGAGCUGUGUCAAAUUUCCAGUUCGGCCCCAGACAGCCGAAGCCAUUUGCUUAGCACCCAGGGCCAUCCGUGGUCGCAGCUGCCUGGCUGUGUGCCCGAAAUGGCGUGCAGCUGCGUGGGAGCGUACCUGCUGAAGGCGAGCCACGUCGGGAAAUACCUGGCGGACCUGAAGACGUCGCUGGUCACGGACGUUCCCCGGUUGCGGAACGCUACCCGGAUGGCGGCCCGAUGGCAACUGCCGUUGCGGCGAGGGAGAGGGGUGACGGUCUGGGAGGCUCAAGAGAUGUUCUGGAGAAAGUUUGCUGGAUUCAGGUAUUCGCUUCACAAGACUGGCAGCCUGGCUGUGGUGUUGGCAGACAGCAGCGAACCAACGGCUGAUGGCAUUGCCACUUUGGGCAGUGAGAUCUUGGGGAACUUCAAACUCACCAAGCAACACAGCACCUAUCAGCUCCAAGUGCGACAUGGUAACAGCUGUGCCCUGGAGCUCUUCCACGGCACCUGCGACCAUCCGCACUUCGGUGUCUUCGAAGCCUUCCCGCCGGUGCAGGGUCCGGCGGAGGAGGGCACCCUGAUGGAUUUCCUGGGGCUCAGCAGCUCGGUGUCGGCCCACUGUGAGGAGACUCACCUGGCCUUAUGGCCCCCGGGUCGGUCCUUUGAUUGUGCCUGGGAGCGUCAGCAGCUGCCAGUGCCUCGGACGUGGCCCGUGCUGGACGAGGAAUACCUGGAAUGGGCCGACGUCCUCAAAAGCGCCUUGGAGGCCGCGGAGCAUGGGCGGCCCCUGCGCGUGGCCGACAUUGGCGCGGGGUCCUAUGGCAUCUGGGCCUCCCGCGCCGCCAAGGCCUUCGUACGCCGCGCCGAUCCGGCACUGGGCUGCCAGCUGCUUCUGGUGGAGCCCUUCGUGCUGGGGGACCAACGGCUGUUGCAGCAGCACCUGGCGCGGAACUUCCAGGAGAAUCGCUGUGAAUUCACGGUGGAAACGAGGCAACUCAAGACGUCUGCAGAGUUGAAGGCCUUACUGGCUCCGGGUGAUCGGUGGGAUCUUCUGGACAUCGACGCGCAGGGCAUGGAGCGCCCGUUUCUGCACGGCAUCGUCGGCUGGCUGCGGCACAAAGUGCGGAGGCUACACGUCUCCACCCACGACCGGGCCAUACAUUGGGAGAUCCUGCAGUGGUUGAAGGACGCCGGAUGGCAUGUGCCGGUGCAUUUUCCCACCUAUUCGCUGGUGGGGUUGAAAAGCAUCGGCCAUGGCUCCUUUCUGAAUGUGGACGGUCACAUCACAGCAGUGCCUCAGACGUUUGCCUGGUCCUAG